AUGGAUAUUUCGACUCUGGGACCAUCCACGGAUAUUCUGACCUCGUCGCCACAAUGGUCGGCCGCAAACCUGGCCGUGUUUGAAGACCCCAGCUCUUUCGAGGCGUGGGAAGCGCUGGUAAACAUCACACAACAGGUGGCCCCUCCACGAAAGGUGCACCAACCAACCUGUCUCAUUUACGAGACAUUUUUACGCAAGUAUCCGCUGUUAUUUGGCUACUGGAAGAAAUACGUCGACUAUCUCAACUCUGUCGGGUCGUCUGAGCAAGUGCUCUCCGUACACAAAAAGUCCGUCGAGGCGUUCCCACAAUCGGUCGAUCUGUGGACGGAUUACGUGGCUGCGGCUGCGUCGAUUCUGGAGGACCCUGAGGCCGUCCGCUCAAUCAUCGAGGCUGGAUCUCGCGCCUGCGGAAUGGAUUUCUUGUCGCAUCCAUUCUGGGAUGUGGCUCUCGAGUUUGAAGCACAAAAGGAACGUGACACGGGGGUGCUCAAUGAAGGAAAGCUGCGGUGGCUCAAACGAAUCAUUUUGCUUCCGUUGCAUCAGUACGCACGGUAUUGGGAGGAGUUUGUCAAGGUCGGGGGAUCGGUCAGACCAGAAAAGCUCACUUACGAGGGUCUGAAGGAUGAGGAGGGGGGAUUCUUGACCAAGGAGAAGCUCGCAGCCAUGGACACAUCACAGAUGAUGGAGCUGCUCAAAAAGAAGAUUUUCGAACGAACACAAAAACGAACCAUGGACAAGUGGAACCAUGAGUCGGCCAUCACUCGAAACUACUUCCAUGUGGCUCCUCUGGAAGAGGAACAGCUGCACAAGUGGAAUGAGUAUCUCGAUUACGAGGAGUCGACGCUUCUGAAACCUGAGGAGGCGCCAUUCAACUUGGAUUUCAAGGUCUCGGAGGUCCAGUCUAUCUACCUGCGAGCACUAGUGCCUGCAGCAUCGUUGGACCAGCUCUGGUUGAGAUACACUAGAUGGCUGGUGGGGUUGGAGAGUGUGAACGAGGUUCGAAUGGCAUUUCGACAAGCCAGCACGGUUUUCGUCCCUACUAACCGGCCUUUGAUUCGUUUCAACUGGGCUAUUUUUGAGGAGAACCAGGACAACUUGGACCUGGCAGAAAGCAUCUACUCAGCUGUGUUGAACUCGGCAUACAAGCAGACCCAAUCGCGAAGUUUGCUGGAAGAGGCCACCGUGAAUUACCUACAGUUCUACCGACGACAACAUGGCAUCAAAAAGACGGUCCGAUAUCUCGUCGACACCAUCACUCAGAUCGACAACUGCAAUACGGGUGCAAGGAAGUCCAAGAAGCAAAAGGUGGAAACAAUGUCGGAGAACGUGGUCUAUGAGAAUUUUGUCCAGAACAAGACGGCUUGUGAGAAGAGCCACAUUAUUCCUGUUCUCGCAGUGGAGGUUGCCAAACUUGUUCGUCUUCAGGGCUUCAACUGGCGAUCGGUCUUCGAUCAGUAUCGGCCCAAGUGCGUGGACUCCACAUACUUCUGGACCAAUAACUUUGUGUAUGAAUGUGAGUCGCUCAAGCACCCCUACUCUAACAUUCCCUCACAGACUCCCAACGAGAUCAAUCUCGAUCUGCUGGUCAAGUUCAGUGAACUAUUGAAGACCCAGGCCAACAUUCCUCCCAGUACUAUUGUGGAUAUGCUGCGGGACAUUCAGAGUCUGGUCUACAAUUAUGGAUCUAACAAGAAGGUCCAACAGUUUAUUGCUUUUGAUGCUGAGAUCAACGGCUCGUUCUACUGCCAGAACUGGCUCAAAAAGAAGAUUGCUCACGAUGGCCGUGUUGCCACCACCAACAAACGUCUUCGUCUUGAGGCGGGCCAUCCCGGCUUUGAGAUGGAGACUGGAGGCAACUUUGAUGCCACUUGUCAGAGAUAUGUUAAGGAGAUGCGAGAUGCCAAUGGGCAGUCGGUGGCAUGA